AUGUCCACGCGCGGCAGAUCCCUGUCGCCAGCCAUGGAUGUCGACAAAGCCGGCGCCAGAGUCGUCGUGGUCACCAAUCUCACCCGAAACGUUGCUGAGACCCACCUUAAAACCAUUUUUGGGUUCUAUGGCGAUAUUGUCCAAAUCGACCUGCCAACAUUCGGGAAAUCCGGCCAAAAUCGAGGCAAAGCUGCCUUGGAGUACAAUGACUCUACUGCUGCAACAAAAGCGACCUCACAUAUGAACGGCGGGCAAAUUGACGAUCGCCUUCGCGCUCUCGUUCUCGCUCUCGUUCUCCGGGCUUUCGCCGCCAGCCACCACCCCGGACUCGUGACUCGUAUCGCGGACGACCAUAUCGUCGCGGUGGACCUCCUCCACGUGACACAUAUCGCCGUUCUCGCUCCCGGUCUCCAAUUCGUCGUGGAGCACAAGACAGAGUUGGCCCUCGCAGACGCUCUCCAAGCUACUCUCGGGGAGGAUAUAACCGUCGUCGCUCUCCUUCUCGCAGUCGGUCACUGCGUUCAAGCAGGUCACGUUCUCGCUCCAGAUCACGGUCCCGUUCUCGCUCUUAUUCGUCUUAUUCGCGGUACACAAGGAGCAGAAGUAGGAGUCGUAGCCGGAGUCGCUCUCGCUCAGUCAGUCGAGGGAGACGGAGUAUGA